AUGAAGCUCAACAUCUCCUACCCGGCCAACGGCUCGCAGAAGCUGAUCGAAAUCGAAGAUGAGCGCAAGCUGCGUGUCUUCAUGGACCGCCGCAUGGGUCAGGAAGUCCCUGGCGACAGCGUCGGCGACGAGUUCAAGGGCUACAUCUUCAAGAUCACCGGCGGCAACGACAAGCAGGGCUUCCCGAUGAAGCAGGGCGUCAUGCACCCAACCCGUGUCCGCCUCCUUCUCGCCGACGGCCACAGCUGCUACCGCCCACGCCGCACUGGUGAGCGCAAGAGGAAGUCUGUUCGUGGAUGCAUCGUCGCCAUGGACCUGUCCGUCCUCGCUCUGUCCAUUGUCAAGCAGGGCGAGCAGGACAUUCCAGGCGUCACGGAUACCGUACACCCCAAGCGCUUGGGUCCCAAGCGUGCGACCAAGAUCCGUCGCUUCUUCGGUCUCAGCAAGGAAGACGAUGUCCGCAAGUUCGUCAUCCGUCGUGAGGUUCAGCCCAAGGAGGGUAAGGAGAACGCAAAGCCAUACACCAAGGCUCCACGCAUCCAGCGUCUCGUUACUCCUCAGCGUCUCCAGCACAAGCGUCACCGCAUCGCACUCAAGCGCCGCCGCGCGGAAGCCUCCAAGGAUGCUGCCAACGAGUACGCCUCUAUCCUCUCCAAGCGUGUCAGCGAGGAGAAGGCCAAGCAGGCCGAGAUCAGAAAGAGACGUGCUUCCAGCAUGCGCAAGUAG